ACCACAGAGAAGAGAACAAGACAAAAGUGGCAUUGGGUUUGUUGACAGGAAAAAAGGUUAUUGAACCAAUGCAGAUGAUAUCGCGGCCGUCCAUUCUCUGACAAUGUUUCCUCGUCAUUAAACCAAGCACUCUCUCUCUCCCCUCCAAAAUUUUCUUCCACAUCUUGCCCCAACUCUUGCUUUUCUUGGGACCUCCCUCUGUCUCUGCGUGCCAUUUUCACAUUCAUUCAUACUCUCCCUCCCUCUUCACUGCCCGGGCUAGCUUAUCUGGAGAGUAGAAGUGUUUGGGGAAGAGUAAAUUUAUGGCUUUGUUGCUUCUACUUAUUCUUUUAGGAGUUUCUGCUGUUACAGCUGAUGAAGAUUCCUUUGUUGGUGUGAAUAUAGGAACAGACCUUUCAGACAUGCCACACCCAACUCAAGUAGUGGCUCUACUUAAAGCCCAGCAGAUCCGACAUGUCCGUCUGUAUAAUGCUGACCAGGGCAUGCUUGUUGCACUAGCGAAUACUGGCAUUCGAGUCAUGGUGUCUCUUCCCAAUGAACAACUCCUUGGGAUUGGUCAAUCAAAUUCAACUGCAGCAAAUUGGGUCUCCCAUAAUGUUGUAGCUCAUUACCCUGCGACCAACAUCACUGCAAUAUGCGUAGGGUCUGAAGUCUUAACUGGCCUCCCGAAUGCUGCACCAGUGCUUGUGAAUGCCCUGAAGUUCAUUCACUCAGCCUUGGUGGCAUCCAAUCUAGAUCGCCAAAUCAAAGUUUCAACGCCCCUUUCUACCUCUAUUAUUCUUGAUUCUUUCCCUCCUUCCCAAGCCUUCUUUAACCGCUCAUUGAAUCCAGUUUUGAUUCCGAUGCUUAACUUUUUGCAGUCCACAGGUUCCUAUCUCAUGCUCAAUAUAUACCCUUACUAUGACUACAUGCAAUCAAAUGGUGUAAUUCCAUUAGACUAUGCACUCUUCAAGUCUCUCCCUUCAAACAAAGAAGCAGUUGAUGCUAACACCCUUGUCCACUAUUCCAAUGUGUUCGAUGCCAUGGUUGAUGCUGCAUACUUUGCCAUGGCAUUCUUGAACUUCACUAAUAUUCCCAUCGUAGUGACUGAAUCGGGCUGGCCAUCAAAGGGUGACUCUAAUGAGCCUGAUGCAACUUUGGAUAAUGCCAACACUUACAACAGCAAUUUGAUUAGGCAUGUGCUGAACAAAACCGGAACUCCAAAACACCCUGGAAUUGCUGUUAGUACUUACAUAUAUGAACUUUAUAACGAGGAUACGAAGCCAGGUCCAGUCUCAGAGAAGAACUGGGGUUUAUUUAACGCGAAUGGGGAGCCUGUAUACAUCUUGCACCUGGCAGGGUCAGGAUCCAUGUUGGCAAAUGAUACCAAUAACCAAACUUAUUGUAUUGCAAAGGAAGGCUCCGAUCCUAAGAUGUUGCAGGCUGCUUUAGACUGGGCAUGUGGAGCUGGCAAGGUUGAUUGUUCGGUUUUAUCGCAGGGAGAACCAUGCUAUGAACCAGACAGUAUGAUUGCACAUGCUACCUAUGCUUUCGACACUUACUAUCAUCAGAUGGGGAAGGCUCCUGGGACAUGUGACUUUAAUGGAGUUGCAGCAGUCACUACCACCAAUCCAAGUCAUGGUUCAUGUGUCUUCCCAGGAAGCCUUGGGAGAAGUAUAAAUGGCACCAUCUCCAAUAUCACAGCGCCAUCUAUGAACUCGACGAUUUCUGAUUCCGCUGCGCAGAAACUUCACCAUGGAGCUUUUACACCCGUAAUGCUUGCCACAGUUGGACUAUGGAGCUUAGUUUUCUUGUAGUUGUAGAUCAUCCUCAUAUGUUGAGUUCUAUUGGCAACUGUUCAAACAAUUUUUCAAAGAUUUUGUUGGGGGAAAAGUAGUUUAUCGUCCAUUGUACAAGGUCAGCAUAGUCACCGGGUGCAUAGAGAAGGUGAUCCAUUAAAUUUUGUACAAAACAAACCGAGCUUGGACCGUUGUUGUUUCAGCUAGAUCAUUAUUCUUCUAAUGGAAUCUAUAAUUCUUUCUUUCUUUCUU